AUGAUUACUUCUAUUAUUCUUCUUGCUAUCUUUGUUAAUUAUGGUCAAUCACAAACUGAACUUAUUUUACCAGCAUUACCCUAUGACUAUUAUGCACUUGAACCAAUUCUUUCGGAGCAUUUAAUACGAUUACAUCAUGAUAAGCAUUUUCCAGAAUAUAAAACAAAAGCUAAUGCUAUACUUAAAUCAAUAAUGGAUGAUGAAAUGUAUAAUAAUCAAUUAAAGGAUUUAGCUAAACAACCAAUUGAAUAUAUUCUUACUCAUAUUCAACAAUUACCAGAGGAAUAUCAGUUACCUUUACAAAAUAAUGGUGGUGGUUAUGUCAAUCAUAAAAUUUUCUUUUCUAUGUUACGUAAGCCAACAGUUACAGCUGGUGAAAAUCUACCAACAGGUUCAUUGCUUGAAGCUAUUGAAAAUAGUUUUGGUUCAUUCGAUAGAUUUAAAGAAAUGUUUACUGCUGCAUCAGUUAAUACUUUCGGUUCCGGUUGGAUUUGGCUCUAUAUUGAUGCACAAUCAAAAUUGCUUUCUAUUAAUUUUACAAUUAAUCAAGAUAAUCCAAUUAUGUUUGACAAAAAUCAUGUCGUUCUUUUAUGUAUUGAUCUUUGGGAACAUGCUUAUUAUCCUGUUUAUGAAAAUCAUCAAAAUGAAUAUGUUAAUAACUUUUGGCGUAUUAUUAAUUGGCCAUUUGUAGAAUCACUUUAUACUCAAGGAAUUACUAAACGUCAUAAGCUUUAA